UGUUGAAGGAAAUUCUAUGUAGUGUGCUAUCGUUUAUAUAGAAUAUGUAUUAGGGUCAUUCCUAUGUAUACUAUGUAAUUUGGGCCUGUUGACCCGUACUUGUAAACCCUAUUCUAUCCCUAUUUAUAGGGGCAUUCGGUAAUGAAACUCUACGAUCAAUUCUCCCUACAACACGUUAUUAGCACGAGCCUAACCUAACCUAGCUUUCUCUUUCUUCGCUCCCAUCUGCGUUCUCUGCUCCGCCUUUGGUAGCACUCAUAGCCGCAGCAUCUACGCUGCUCCACCUUUUCCGUUCUUCCAGCUGUCGCUAACAGCAUAACCCAGUGCCAAGAAAACUCAGUUCGCCGCCCCUUAACCUGCCACGCUACCAGUCAAUCACUACCGCAGAACCCCAGACGCCGCCCGCCAAAUCCGUUGAUAAAAGUCAACGCCGUUCAUUCUGUUCCUCAAGUAGCACGAAUCCAGAUGGCUCUAGAACGAAGAUCCAUAACGAAGCUCGCCCGAUAUUGCUCGCCGUCUGCCAAAGAAGGCAGACACCCGCCAACCGGAUCUGCUGCUAAAGGCUGACACCCGCCCACCGGAUCUGACGCUGAACGAAGCCGCCCGCUGUCGCUCGCUGCUCGUCCAGCCCGCCAUCGCACGCUGUUCCCGAUCUGUACAAGGAUCCCUGUUCACGCUUCGCUAUGCAAAGUCUCAUCUUCAACUUUGAGAUCCAUUCUCGCCGCAGGAGGCGUUGUCCUUCUUAAUCUCUUCACAGGCCAUCCUUAGAGCUUCCAACUGCAUCAUCUCAUUAUUGCACCGGUCAACGACGAAAAGCUUCGCCUAGAAUGAUACUUGCCAGAUCUACCGAGAAUGGACUGUUGUACCAUCUUAAUCAAUAAAGCUCCGAUGUCCUCGCUCAGGGCUUAUCAACGCCCACAAAAGGCCGAUGCCCACCCGCCAGAUCUGCCACUGAACGAUGCCGCCCGCCGGAUCUACCGCUGAAGGCCAACGCCCGGCAACAGGAUCUGCCUCUGAAUGACGAGGCUUGCACGAUCUGCUACUAGAGGAUCACCCCCUGCUACUGGAGUAUCUAGCACUGCCGCCUCUCAUCACGCAAAGCAGUAGCCCGCCGGUCAUACAUCAUUGCUUUGCGUUGCUUGAAAUCCGUGGAAGGCUUCACAAGGGGCUAAAAAAAUGGGCCAAAUUUACAAUGGCCACAAAUUGCAAUCUCCAGUGGCAGAUAGAUUCCUUCAUUUCAGUAUUCGUAAUUGCUUGGGGCAAAGGAGUGGCAUAAAUGAAAUUAACCGAAAUAGGAGGCUGAUGUGCAUCUUUAGUUUAAUAGUUAUCUGAGUCGCUAAUCUAUAGAAACCGACAGCCAUGGAUCUCCCAAAACCAAAGAAGAGAAGUAACCGCCUCCUCUUAAAGCAGAAGAAAGAAGUAGCUGAAGAUGAGCCCAAAAAUAUAUUUGGUCAUUUGCCACCAGAAAUCGCCAAGGACAUUCUCUCGAGGCUUCCCAAUGUCAAAUCUAUUUUCCAGUUCAGGUCUGUUUGUCGUUCCUGGGAACUCUGGUCUCAUGAUUCCCAUGUUUUUCGUAUGCACUUCUCUCGGAGUAGUAGUAGUACAAGGUCAAAACUUCUCUAUUUCUAUUCAUCAUAUAAAAACGAACUCCACUUUGUCGAAUUCUCUGAUAUUAAUGAAGACGGAUUGAUUGCAAGUAAAAUUCAAAAUGCAUUUGUUGAUCUUACACCAAGAGCGUUUUCGGUUCUCGGCUCAUCCAAUGGCAUUAUGAUCUUACAAGAUCUGCAUAAUUGGAGAUGGAACUGCCUAUAUAAUCCAUUCACAAGGGACUAUAAACUUGUACCUGAAAUUGAUGGUUCUUCAUCUUAUUCGUAUUGGUGGGCUGCUUGCCAUCCACUUACCAACGAUUACAAAAUAUUUGCUAUACGCCCCACUUAUGAUUUGGACGAAUUUAGGUCAAUAGCCUAUGUAUAUUGUCUGAGUAGGAAUGAGUGGACAAGAUUAGGAGAGUUUUCUUUUAAAGUAGAAGAUCAGUCGGAAAAUCAAGGAGUUUUGGUGAAUGGGAAACUCCACUGUCUCACUGUUCAAAACAAAGGGAAAUUGACUCGUUUUCUUAAUAUUACAUCGAUUGCCAUCAUGGAUUAUUCUGUCAAGGAUGUUCCCAUGCCUGUGGAGGUUAUAUUUCGAAACAGUAAAAGAUCUCAACUUGCUGUUUUAGGGGGGUGUUUGUCGGUUGGUGUAAGAAGAGUUGAUUCAAGGAUGCAUAUUUGGGUGAUGAAAACAUAUGAAGUGGAAUCAUCUUGGGUGAAGCAGUAUGUUUUUGGGGCCGAAUUUCUCAAAUUUGAUCGCAAUUGGAGGACCCGUGGUGAAGAAAUGUUACGGAUUGUAUGCCUUCUUAACAAUGAGGAAAUCUUGCUAGCUUACGAUGGACAUGGGCAAGGAAAUUUGAUUUCAUACAAUGUUGUUACUAAAGGUUAUAAGACUCUCACUUUUGGGAGAACGUUGCCAACAACGUCAUUUAGAUCAACAGUUGAUACGUGCUGCUGGUCAGCUUAAAUUCACACUCACAUUCAUUUAGUGCUUUCUUGCUCUGGAAAAGAAGCAUUUUUCAUCUGGCCUUUCAUUGUUUCAAUCUUAAUGUCACAGCAGUAACUGCCUGCUAUUUUAGGCUCUGAUGUUUUUGGAGUAGGAAACAGCUUAAAAGAAAUCGGUGUGGGGAAUUAUGAAAUAUGGGCUGGCUGUAAUGUGUUCUUCUUGAUGCUGGACAGGACCAUGGACAACUUCUGCUUGGUCAUAUUUUUGUAAUGUUUAGUAGUCCGUAUAUGGUAAUGAUGUUCUAAAUAAUAAUGUUUGAAGCUCCAUGUUUUUAAAGAUGUCUAAUUUUGUGUUUGUAUUUUUAUAAUUCGUAUAACUCAUAAUAUCCCCAUUCUGAAAUAAUUGCAUCGAGUUGAAUUUGUUAUUCUUCAUACACUCUACUUUGAUUACAUGUUACUUAAUAAUGUAUUAGAAUUGAAAUUUUA